CCGGCGGCAACAUGGCCGCGCUGGCCCCGGCGCUGGCGGCGGCGGCCGGGCGGCUGCAGAAUGAGAGCUGUUCCAGUACUGCAGGUGCUGGCCGACAGGUUCAGAGCUGGAAGAUCAAAGCUGAACGAGCUAAGAAAGUUGAAUUCAUAAGAACUGCAGAAAAGCUAAAAGCUCAGCUUGCAAAUAUAGAAAAAGACAAAACUGGACACCUUUAUAACAGAAAGAGUGAUUCCAGGGUAGAAUACAGAUUACUUGAGGAACUGGAACACAGCAUGACUGUCAGCAGGAAAAUGGAAAAAGCUAAAAUCCUGCAGCAACUAUCAAAAAUACAAAACAACGUGAAGAAACUUCAGCAGCAGUUGAAAGAUGUGAAGCCUACACCAGAGUUUGUUGACAAGAUCAAGGAAAUGAUGGAAGAAAUAGAAAAUGCAAUCAAUGCUUUUAAAGAGGAACAGAGGCAAAUAUAUGAACAGCUUUUGAAAGAGGAAAAAGCUGUCAUUAAUGAGCUCAGUCUCUUUGAGAGAAAGGUGGAACUGUGGGCAUUAGGGAGCUCAACCACAGAAAAAGUUUGGAAAUUACCAUCAGCCAGGGUCACAGUUGAUAAAACACUGGAAAAUCAUCUACCUGAAGAAGUAAUAGAGUUUGAAAAAUUUCUUCAGCGAACAGGGGGGCGGCAAGGAGGCUGGGAUGAUUAUGAUCAUCAACAUUUUCUGAAAAUACGGACAAAAUACAGAGGAAGGCUGUCUUACAUGGAUGAAGCCCUUGAGUAUCUCAGUGGAAGAACAAAAGAAGAUAUAGAACAGCAUGACAAAUGGUAUCAAGAAUAUGUAAUUUUACAUGAAAGAAAGAAAGAGUCAAUUAAAAAGUGGAAAGAAAAGCAGCAGCAAGAAAAAGAAAGAAACUUGAAGGAAAAAGAGAAAUUAGAAAAAAUGCUGAAGGAAAGAUGGCUGCAGCGUGAAGAAGCUCAGAAGCAAAAAGCAGAAGAAGAAAGAAAAAGAAAACAUGCUGCAGUUGAAGUCUGGAAGAAACAGAAAGUAGUAGCAUUUGCAAUAGAUCAAGCAUCCCAACUAAAACUAGAAGACAAAGAGAAAAAGCAGCAAAAAGAGAGCCAAUGUCACAUGAAGUUAGUGUUGGAAAGGAAUACCUUGCAAAAAAAAGUAAAGGAGGAACUUGAAAAGCUUGAAAAUGAGAAGAAAGAGGAGGCUGAAAAGGAGGGAAGGAAGAAAAUUGCUGCAGAAGAAAUUUCUAAGUUUCAAGAGCAUGAUCUACAUAAACUGGAGCUAAGGGUUCUACAGAAACACACUAAAGAAAUAGAGAAACAGGAAAAAGAAAAAAGAUUGGCAAAGUUAAGAGAGAAGGUCGAGGUUCGGGUGACCAGAGACCGAUCCAGGUUGAACAGACCUUCCAAGGGCUGGGAGGAACGCAGUCAAGAGAUGGCACCAGCAGCUGCAGAACCGCUGUUGCGUGUUUCUCAGAGAGCUGUUCCAGCCUGGAGAGGAGGGUCCUAGCUGCGCACCAGCCCGUCCCAGCCGCAGUACGGAGCAGCUGCCGGCACUUCCCGGCACAGAGCCGGCCUGACCCAUGGCGUGCAUUACCUCUGUCUUUUGCGAGUGUCGCGUUUGACACGCCGGCUGCCAGACCGGCCGGCUGUGAUGUCCCUUGGCAUUAAAAGCGCGUUUUCCCCGCAGCUGGUUGUGGCGGCCCCUUAAGCGUGGGGUGGCCACGCCGGCCCCCGCCGCAGUGCACUGAGGCGUCCCUACCCUUUCCCGUUCCCCCGUUCCCUUUCCCCCCUGUCC